AUGAAGAGACUAUCAUUGAUCUCUGUCAAUUCACAAUCGUUUUGUACAGGACCAAUUGAAACGUUUUAUAGCAACAAUGGACUAACUAAAACAACAGUAGACCAUAUUCUCAUUAGGAAUGAUCACAUAGACCUUGUCAAAUCUUGUCUUGUAGCUGAUGAUGAUUGUGGAAAUCUUUCAUUUCAUCGACCAAUUUUCUGUACUAUAAAACUAUGUGCAACAAAUAAAUUGAACAAUUUCAUACCAAAGCCUCCUCCAGCAUGGAAAAUGAUCGCUGUUCCUUCAGUUAGGCAAGCUUAUGAAUCAAAUGUAACUGCUGCUCUUGACACUUUACAGUUUGAAGAUUGUUCGCACGUUGAUAUUUCAUCAAUAGACGAUAUGCUAACAGAUGUAACAACUGCGCUUCAAUCAUCUGCGGAUCAAUCGAUCCCAAAAUUGAAAUUUAAAAGUCACCUCAAGCCUUAUUGGAAAGAAGGUUUGAAACCUCUGCACAAAAAGUGUCGUCACUUUCGCAAGAUUUGGAUAACGCAGGGACGUCCGCGGGAUCCUAAUAACGCAUUUUUCCGUGCUUACAAGCAAGCCAAACGUGAUUUUAGAAAGCAGCUUAGACGAAAAGCCUAUGAAUAUGAGUCUAAAGAGUACGAAAGAUUUGAAAACAUUUUUGAGCAAGACAGAGGUGCAUUUCAACGCACCAUGUCAACACGACGCAAGGAUAGAGGACUACAAUCAUAUACUUUGAAGAUAAACGGAAAGACUAUAGAUGACCCGAACGAGUUACGCGAAGUGUGGAAGGAUCACUAUUUAGAUUUGUACAAGCUUAAAUAUAAUUCAAACUUCGACGCAAAGUUUACUUCCUAUGUUGAAAAUUGCUUGGUAGAUUAUGAAAUUAAAAGUCUAAAUGCGAAUUACGAUGCCCUGGACGCUGCCUUUACGCUUAACGAAAUUAGCAGUACGUGUGUACAGUUACCGAAUCGAAAGGCAUGCGGACCUGAUGGUCUGUAUUAUGAACAUGUUAAGUACGGGGGUCAAGCGGUCAUGAAGGUUCUCACUGAAAUACUCAAUGCCAUUAGAGUAAUGGAGGAAAUUCCUAAUGUUCUAGCUGUUGGUGACAUUAUAUCUCUGUAUAAAACUAACAAGAAAGAUAGGCAUAAUAAAGACAAUUACAGAGGCAUCACGUUGCUGAAUGUUGUCGGGAAAAUUUUUGAAAGACUGAUACUUAACAGAUGGAUGCCCUUCUUUGGUGAGAAAGGAUUUCCGAACAACCUGCAAUACGCAUAUCAGGCAGGAAAAAGCUGCCUUGAUGCUACAAUGUCACUGCAAGAAGCUGUUUUACAUAACAUUGAAAACGGAAGCAAAGUCUAUGGCUGCUUCUUGGACACAGCAAAGGCUUUUGAUACUGUGUGGAUCUCUGGAAUGUUUUAUAAAAUGUUCAAUCUUGGUAUUCAAGGAAAAACCUGGAGACUGCUAAGAAACUGGUACAGCAAGCUUACUAGUCGUGUCAUAUUUGAUGGAGCACCGUCUAGCGAAUUUCCUAUUCUUCAAG